CUAAUUAAUUCAAACCAUAUUCUCAAAGCUUCUUCGGUAAUUAUGGCAUUUGAACUUAGUUUUAGACGCUGGAUUUUAACUUUUGCUUUGUUUUAUGUUUGUCUAUUUUGGAAAUUAGGAAAUGCUGAUUAUGGUGAUGAUCAACCUGGGAACCAGAUAGGUUCUGGAUUUGGUGGUGCUGGAGUUGGAAUUGGCAGCAAUGCCGCCGGGGCUGGGGUAGGUGGAGGUGGAAGUAGUGGGGGAUUUGGCGGUGGUGGAGGUGGAGGAGGAGCUGGGGGUGGUGGAUUUGGUGACCCUACUCAAAUUGUCUCCAAAGCCUUACUUUGUUUCAAUGAUAAAUAUAUUUAUACAAGUUGUGAAGAGUCAUAUAGAUUGAGUGAGAAAGGGGACUUGAACGUACCAAGUGAGAAAACGGAUGAGUUUUGUGAAGGGCCAUGUUUGACUGAGACUGACUUGGUCCUUAGUUGUCUUGACAACAUCUUCAGCCACUUCAUAUUUUAUAACAAAGCAACCAUACAAGACAUCAAACAAACAAUUCAAUCUGCCUGUGGCUAUGGCCCUCAAAGAGGUGACUUUAAUGUUGCUGAGCACAUCCAGGCUGAAGGAAACAGAGGUUUGAAGGGUACUAAAACUAGCAAUGUUCUAAUGGGGCUUGCUUUGAUCCUUAUGGGGCCUGCUCUGUUACUCUAAUCAUAAUUUAAUAGUGCUAAUCAUUUGUACUUUCAGUUUGAUUUGUACUAAGUUAGUAUAAUAUGAUUUCACUGCUUAUGCAAGUGAGUGUGAGAGUGUUUUAAACUUUGCAGUCAUAAUGUAUCUGUGGAUCACAUUCAUGAAUCAUGCAUGAUAUGUACAGAUUUUUAUUUUUUCUUUUGUUAUAUUAAAUUUGAGGAAUGAAUUAUUAUAUUAUAUUGCAAAUUACCCAAUUUCGAUCUUUUAGUUUAA